AGCGAGUUAUCAUUCAGGAUAGGAAGCGUUUUAUUCCUAGGAUCCUUGUGGGAUUCUUUCCAGUGUGGCGCGUCGGUCACAAUUCUAUGCUCUUCUGUCCCCCCUCCCCUUCUCGCCUCAUCACCUCACCGGGCCCGCCUCCCCCGCUCGGUAAGCGGUGACUCACCACAAAAAGGUGAGGUAGAGCGAGAACGAGAGAGAGAAAACCCUUAGCGGAAGUCCCAGUAGUAAGUCCAACAUGGCGUCCGACUUUGGGGACCAACUCCCAGAUGAGGAAAAGGUGCGGAUUGCUUCAAAUUUUGUUAUGCACUCACCUCCUGGGGAAUUCAAUGAAGUCUUCAAUGAUGUGCGGACCCUGGUGAACAAUGAUGCCUUGCUGCGAGAAGGUGUGGCCCGAGCCAUUGCAGAGUACAACAAGGACCAGCUGACACCAGUGAGGCUGGAUGGACAGAGCCACUAUGCACUUGUCACAGAACACAAUGAUCUUGGUGGUGGCCGUUUUGUGGAUCCUCGAGCGAAGCUCACCUUCAAAUUUGACCAUUUACGGAAGGAAGCAACAGAUUUAAAGCCUUGUGAGAGUGACCCUGCCACAGAGAGUUGGAGAAGUGCAGUUGAGACACAACUCAUUCAGUAUGUCAGUGAUCAUUAUCCACAUGGUGUGUGUGCUGUGUAUGCCCGCACCCAAGGAUCAGCUGUCACACUCACCAUGUGCAUAGAAGACCACCAAUUUCAGCCCAAAAAUUAUUGGAAUGGUCGGUGGCGAUCAACCUGGACUGUGACCCUAGGAGGGGGAAGUGUGGAAUUGAAAGGAGUCCUCAAAGUUCAAGUCCACUACUAUGAAGAUGGCAAUGUCCAGUUAGUCACUUCUAAGGAUGUUAAAGGGAAUCUAACUGUUGCUGGUGAAGAGGAAACUGCCCAGGAAUUGGUACACUUCAUUGAGGCUGCUGAGAAUGAGUAUCAGACAGCCAUCAGUGAAAACUACCAAACUAUGUCCGACACUACCUUCAAGGCCUUGCGUCGCCAACUUCCUGUUACACGGACCAAGAUUGAUUGGAAUAAGAUAGUUUCAUAUUCCGUGGGUAAGGAGCUUAAAAAGCAAUAAUAGUAACUGGUGGUCCUAUGGAACAUUUAAAAUAAUUCAUCUGUCUCUAUGGGAUGCUGUAGGGAUAGUUUUAACAGUGCAUUUGGCGGUCAUUAUUCCUACUGAUUAGUAUUGGUUGUUGAAUACUUCAGAGUCAAAUUAUUGUUUUGUCCCUUAAUAUUAUUGAUAUUUGGAGUUUAUCAGUAUCUAUGUUUUCCAUUUUAUCUGCUUUGUUAUAGUUGAUUAAACCCAUCAUGAUUUUUAAAAUAAAACAGUUUGACUUGUUUGGGUAAAGAAGAAAACAUAUUGCUUUUGGACUUAUGUGGAGUGAACCAUGCCAGUUGAGCACUGUUACUGAAGCUAAAACUACAUCUUGUUGAACUGUUGUGUAGGCUAUCAGAAACACACAGCAAGGGUACCCUUUCUAUUGGGAGUGAAACACUGAGCUCCAUGAAAUGUUUAGAAAACAAAGCCAAAUGAGUAAGGCAGAUCUUCCUUUGGGGGAUUAAUCCAAUUUUUACAAAUUUAUAUCCUUCAAAAGUUUGUGUGGUCAGUGUUCCACCUUUGAUCAAGUCUUCCCGUGCUUUGUUUUUGAUUGUUUACACAAGCAUCAAGUGCAACAGGCAACAGGCUCAUUUUAUAGACUUUACAUGAAAGAGUAGUAGAGUCUAUUAGGAAUGUGAGUUUCUGCUGCCAACAUCAUAUUUCUGAAAAGAAGCUGCAUUUUGCAAGAUGGUCCAUGCCGUCACUACUACCCAGACGCCUGUGAUACCUCGCUGAGGGGAGGUCUUAGGGACGAUGUCGGUUCCUAGAGAUGGCCUGCUUGCUAACUGCUUGAUGGUGUUGAUUAUAUAGUACAUAUUUAUCUAAUCAUUUACACUUAAUGUUUAAGAAGUGAUUUUGCAAGAAGUUCCUGUUUUGCCAAGUGCAUUACAGGCCAAAAAUAUAUUAUCAGGUAGCCCAAUGUGAGGGCAUUUCAAUUGUCCUUUGCACAUUAUGGAUGAAGCAAGGUGAGCUCUGCACAAACAAACCUAGAAAGAAAAUAUAUUGUUGCAAUUUAUUUAUUUUUUUUUCUUUUCUUUUCUUUGGAGUGGGGCAGAACAGCAGUGAGUGUUGAGGAAUUCUUUGUACUUGUACCACAUUCAGCAAUAGUAGUUUCUCACUAUUCUUUUGUCUCACAAAAUGUUCCUCUCCUCAUCAUAUCAAAAUUUAUCAGUACAUAUUAAAAUUAUGAUAUUUUUUUUGUUUGGUGUAAAUGAGUAAGUAAAGUCUGUGAUUUUUUGUAAAUAACUAUCAGCAUCUAUGGUAAAUAUUUGUUUGAAAUAAAGUUUCAAAUAUAGUAAUUUCAGAAUUCAUAGAUCAUCAUAAAAGAAUUUAAUUUAUUUUCUUAUUAUGACAUUACCUGUAGGUUUGAAAUGGCUGAGCUGAUCUGAAUAUAUUCCUAUAAUGCAGCUGCUUUCAUUGAUUGGAGGAUGCUCUUCUUGCUUUUUGAAUUUUUUUGUUUUAUCACUUGUGUAGGAGCAGUUAUAUUCUCUAAAGUAUACAAAAUGUUGUUCCUGGUUGGAUCCUUUUCUAGUGAUUAUAAUUUUUGAAGGUUA